AUGGUUAGCCAGACACUUCAUGCAAGGGGAGGACCACCAAAAAAUUGUCGCAAGAAGCAAAUUCCAAGAAAGCGUAGGCAAAUUCUUGGAAAAUUAACUAGGAAAAGUGAUUUCGUAGGACAAUCUGACAAGAAAUGGAACAAGGACUUCGUUGGUCCACCCCUUGACCUCAUGUUCCAUGAAACAUAA